AGAGGAGCGCUGCUCGCACGCAUGAGGUCGUUCAUGGUGAUUAUAUGUAAGGCUACACCGGCGAGUCUCAAGAAAAGGUUUUCCCACAGACACACACACACGCACCCUUGCAUGCAUAGACGCCUACACCAGCUGAGAGCGGAAAAUAAAUCUCUCUCACACAGUGUUGAAGUUCCUGUGUCUCUGACAUUUUGCUUUUCUCCCAGCGUCGGACAGCGAUGAUGCUAGGUGUGUGUGAUUGAGUGUGUGUGUCUUCGAGGACUGCGACUGCUUGCGACCACCAUUGACUGUGGCACUCACCCGAAGUGUGUCGCCUCACACACACACGCCCACACUCAUCAUGGCAGCGGAGUGUGUUCCGGAGGGGCCCGACCUUAAGGAGAUGGGCGACGAAGAUGUAUGGGAGCUGAUCAACGACAACCGCCAUCGUAUCUCCCUGGGUGUGAAACCAUGCAUGUUGAUCCCCUACCUGCGCCAGGCCAGGGUCCUCACAGAGAUGGAUGAAGACGAGAUCCUCUCCAGCCUCAAGCUCACCAACCGCUCCAUGAGGACCAGUCACAUGCUGGACCUGCUGCGUAUCCAGGGGAGGAACGGCGCAAUGGCCCUGCUGGAGAGCCUGAUGAUCCACUACCCCGCCCUCUACACCCAGGUCACAGGCCGCAAGCCCAGCACCGAGCCCUCCGGCUUCAGUGGCCUGAUUAAGUGCUCGGACUUGACCGAGUACUUGGUCAGAGCCGUGACAGGGAUGCAGAAGGAGCUGCAGGAGGCUCGGCAGGAGGCCAGUCGGCUGGGGUCACGUUGCACCUCCCUUGAGGUGGAGCUAGGUCAGACUCUGGAGCAGCAGGAGGAGGCUCGCCGUCUUAAGGCCGACCACGGCCGCAUGAGGAAGAACUUGGCUGCCGCGCAACACGACAUCUUGAAGCUGAAGGACGAGAAGUGUGACCUGUAUGUGCGGUACACGGCCGCCAUCGAGGAGAGGUCGGCCGCCAACAUCCACUGCAGCGACCUCAACCUGCAGGUAUAUCAGCUUCAGUUUGAGCUGCGCAAAGCCCAGACAGAGACGGACUUCGAGAGGCAGCGCUCGCUCAAGUGCACCACCCCCAGCGAGACGCAGCAACUGCGGGAAGAGAUUAGCACUCUGCGCAGGCAGCUACUGGUGGCCGAGAAAUUCACCCCGGCACGUGAGGAUAUCCUGGCCCAAGACCUGGCUGAGGCGAGGGAUGGCCGUGUGGAGCUGGCUGAGCAGCUCAGGUGCUACAGAGAGGAGAAUGAACAGCUGGCCCGCGAGAGGCGGGAGACAGUGGAGCAUAAGGAGUGUCUGGCGCUGCAGGUUCAGAAGCUGACUCUGGACUGUGAGAUGUACCAGCAGAAGAGUACUGUCAUACAGAGCCAACUGAGGGAGCUGCAGGCAGAGAGAGACCACGCGUACCUGUCCAGAGACGAGGCCCAGGCCCAGAUAGCCAGGAGCCUGGCUGAGAAGGACACGCUGCGCAGCCAACUGGUGGAGCUCCAGGAGGUCUUCACCCUCAGGGCCUGGGGGCCCUUCCGAGGAGGCCCCGAUACACCAGGGGAGAGGAAGUUUAGCUGGGAGAGCCAGGGCUCCAGCAGUGACAGCCUCCCCUCCAGCCCCCCACCUCGUCCCCGCCUCCGCCGCAUGCAUGCAAUUUGCCCUGAUUCCUUGAGGGGAUGCAGUAUAAAGAGUUGCGAUAUCACUCCAAGUAGUGUCCGGUCCCAAAAUGUGGAGCCUCCAUGCCCAGAGUCACUGCGGAGACGAGAAGAGACCCUAUGGUACAAUCGAGACAGCUCGGAGACGGCUGAAUGUGACGUCUUACUUGACAAUGACUUUGUGUUCAUCCCCAGGGGCAAUGCGGUUGAGCAAUCUGUUAUGUCACCCACACCUUCCUGCCAAAGCAACAACAGUGAUGGUCUCUCCAGGGCGUCAGCCCCCCCGUUCCUGCUGCGCUCCCGGCCCAGGGCCAUGCGCAUCACGGGCCGGGUCCUGACCAUCUCCUUCCAGGGGGAGGCGCUGCUGAGCCAGCUGCAGGUGGUGGGGGGUAACAAGACGGGCGUGUUCGUCCACCAGGUCACUGAGGGCUCCGCCGCCAACACAGUGGGCAUUAGUUCGGGUGCACAAAUACUGGAGGUGAAGUAUGAACAGGCUCAGCAGGCUCUAAGGAUGGUUCUGGAGGACUCCACCCUGGAAGAAGCCAUGUGGGCUCUGGGGCAAGUCCGAGGCUUCUGCCACCUCUCCCUGAGGCCCAACCAAGAUGCCUAUGAGAAGCUUCUGCUCCAGCUGCAGAGUGGCGAGGCCAUGUCAGGUGACUCCUUCUACGUGCGCGUCAACAUGUCGUUACCCGGGGGCUCGCAGGACGCUCUGACCGUUUCCUGUAACGACAUCCUCCACGUCACGAGCACCCGCCCAGCGGGCGCCGACUGCUCCUGGAGGGCCAGCCACGUCCACCCUUGCCAACUGCUGGACCUCAAAACUGGCAACUUGCCCAACUACUACAGGGCCCAACGCCUGCUGAUCAGAGCUAUCGAGGACAUGAGCUUCCAACCCAUGACACUUAGAAAGGCCCAGGACAAGAAGAAGACUGUGAGGAUCGUCAGUACGGGGAGACAAGGGAGGAAUCCUCUGUGGGUCUGUGUAGAAGACAGCAAGGACAAGAGCACUGGGCCAGGGGAUGCCUCUGCACCCAGAGGCUGUUUGACCCUCAUGCCCUACACCCUGGUCACGCCCCACUACCCACCCGUCUGUCGUCCGGUCCUCCUGCUGCCCACAAUCCUCGGCCGUGUCCUGGAUCAGAAGCUGGCCGAGUGGCAGGGCUUUCAGUUGUGUGAGCCAGAGUUAUUGAGUUCCAGUGAGCACGCUGCCAGGCUGCAGAGGUCGGAGGUGCUGGAGGAGUGUGAACAGGGGGGUCAGCGGUGUUACACCCUGCAGAGUGUUGAGAGGGUCAUGAAGCAGGGUACCCACUGUGUGCUGCCUCUAGGCCUGGACUGCGUACGCCGCCUCCACAGGGCAGAGAUCUUCCCCAUCAUCAUCUUCAUCGGCCAUUCCAAGUGCAGAGCACGCAAACUCAAGUCUAAGCUGCAGCGUCAGGGCUGGUCCGAGGAGCAGCUGCUGGAGUGUUCCCGCAGCGAGGAGUCCCUGCUGGACAAGCUGCCCUGCCUCUACCGCAGCGUCAGCCCUGACUCAUGGUACGACAAAACCACUCUGCUCACCACCCUGCGCUCCAUCAUCUGGGAGGAGCAGAAGAAGAUUGUGUGGGUGGAGCCUGAUUUGUGGUGAUUUUUAGGGCAUCGGAGGCGUCAAUGUUUGUUGAUGAGGUACUGGUGGCUAAAUUGGACGUCUUUUGAAUUCCUUAUUUGAAGAAAAAAAUUAUGAUUUAGAAUAUUUGUAAAUGGAUAAAACGGAGAAGGUUUCCAGUAGGCAUUGCACACCUGGGCAUUAUGAGACAAGGGAAAUGGAUUGUGUGUGCAUGUGUAUCUAUGAUAGCUACCUAUACAUAUGACAUGUAAUGAAGGUAGUAUGAUGAGAUGUACCAGCACUUUGGUUUAGCUUCAUUAAGUUCCUGUUGUUUUUCCCAACCUAUAUUUACUUGAAAUUGUGUUUGGAAAACACUUUUUCAAUUAUCUUUAUUAUCAUAAAGAUAUUAUACUGUGUAUUGUAUUAUAUUAUAUACAGUAUAUAUAUAUAUAUAUAUAUAUAUAUAUAUAUAUUAUAUACAGGAUUUCAACAAACCUGUGAAACCAUAGUCAUUCCCAAGUCCCAACAGAAAUGUAAUGUAGAUAUUCCAGUCAAACUAUGUUGACUAACUGUCGGACAUUUUUUACGUUUCCAUACAAUGUGGGAUUUCAUUGCCUAUUCUGAAGUGUAAUGAUAGUAGGCGUUAUAUGGAUUUAUGUUGGAAGAUGUUUUUAAAGCAGUGGUAUUCAAAGUCUGGGUUAGGGACCCCUAUCGGGGUCAUGGGGGAACUGCAGUGAGGUCCGCCAAAAAUAAAAGGAUUAAUAAAAUAUACAAAUGAAGAGUACAGAUUGUUUUAUUCGACAAUAUAAAAACGUGAGAAAGGUCAUUUAAAAAAAUACAUUUGUAUUGAGUCAAUGUAUUUAUUGAUUUAUUUUCAUUUGGAUAAGAUAUGAAAAUGCAAUAAAUUGAAGGUUAUUUGAUUGACAGAUUUUAAGAUUGUAUCAACACAUUUGGGGUGGGGUUGCGAGAAAUGAUUAGGGGGGAAAUGGGGUCCUCAGAAUUUUUUGGAAUAACACUUUUUUAACGGGUGAAAAAAGUAACCGGUAUUAUGCCGUUAACUCGUUGUGUUCGAUGAUGUAUACAAUGACUACACAGAGCUCAGGUAUCAUUGGCCCUCAGUCACUCACUCUAGGAAUGAGAACGAAGAAUUGUCAAUCAGGGUUUUUCCUCAUGUGCAACGCGUAGGCCUACUUGAUUUAUGUCCAACCCCUCCCUCUCUCUUCCACCUACAUCCUCUCUUUAUGAUCUUUCCCUGCCCUCCUAAAGAACUACCAGGUAGAGUUUUAGGCACUGUCCCUGAGCCAGCUGUGUAAAACCUACUUAUUGUGUUCUGAGAUUUAUAUGCAUGUGUUAUGUCAGUUGUGCCAUCAUUUUUGGUAAGAAUGUUUAUGAUAAUUGCCAUCAUAGAUAUAGGCUAUGCGAUUCAUUAACAGAUGGUGGUGGAUUAGAGUUGUGGCAAUAAUUUAUUUUUAUUUUGUGUAAUUAAACAUUUUUAUGAUGCAUUUGUCUUGCCAUAUGAUUGUUGUGAAAUGUGUUUACAGAUGCAUUACAAUCUUUUGGAAAAACUGUUAUAAAAGAUGUAACUAUUUUGUAACUAAAUACAUUUAUCA